AUGUCUGAAGAUAUACCGAAGAGUGGGAACGAAGACAAUGAAAUGGAUGUCGAUGUUGAAGAUGAUCUUAUCUUUGAUGAUGCAGCAGAUGGAUCAAAUGCUCAAGAUACGAUAAACAAUAGUGAAAAAGUAAAUGGUAAAGGUCCAGAAGAUGAAAAAGAAUUGGAUGAAGAUGAAGAUAAUUCAAAACCUCCAAAGGUAAACAUACCUGAAUUACCUGAAUUCACAAGAAAAGAUAAAACAUUACAUGAGAUUUUAGAAAUGAUGGAAGAUUAUUAUCCUAUAAUUCCGGACUCUGUAACAGAUUACUAUUUAGCAAAGAAUGGAUUAGACUGUGAUGAUACAAGAAUAAUACUUGCUCUUGCAACUCAAAAAUUCAUAUCAGAUAUAGCAACAGAUGCAUAUGAAUAUUCACGUAUAAGAUCAUCAUCAACAGUUUACAACUCAAGUAAUCCACAAGUCAGAGCUAAGGCUUUGGUUGCUGGUACUAGAGGUGAACAAACAAGUACUUCAACUUCUGGUAAUAGUUCUAAAAAAGUUGUGUUAACAAUGGAUGACUUGAGUAGUGCAUUAUCUGAGUAUGGUUUGAAUGUUAAUAGACCUGAUUUCUACCGUUGA